AUGCUGCAGGAUGAAACGAGGCAAAUUUUGACUCGCCGUCAACCAGAGCAUAGUGGCGCUGCUCCUGUCACGAUGCCCCAGGUUGUCUCCAACCAUUCGCAAAUUGUCACACUGCAAGACAAGGCUGCAUCACGUAUUGACCCCUCCCAAUCUCCACGCGCUAUCUCAGUUAUCGGACCAUCGAUGAGGAACACGUGCUGGAAGGAGCAAGGCGCGGGGAUGAUGCCUGGUCGAAUUUGUGCACCAUCAGCAGAAUUCCAUCUUUUCGCGUUGAUGAUGGAGGACGGCAGCUUUCGCGUUGUAUUACUGCAUUGCAUGAUGAUGAAUGGCAACGACUUCAACUCUCCGGGGGGAGGGUUCGGCGCCCGCUGGACCGCGGGCGCCCGGCUGAGCGGCAGCGGGCAUGCUACUGCAGGGAGGACCCAGAAGCGCGCAGGCACAGGUCGGCAUGGCGAAGCAAGGGCUCAGCGGUUUCGGUCUGGGGGAGGCGAAACGAAAGGCCAAAUAAUAGGCACGGAACAGCAUGGUGCGGCGUGGGCUGCUCAUGUAACUUCGAUCCGACUGCAUGCAGAGGCCGAGGAUCACUGUCAUCAUCGUGUGAUGGUCACUUGGACGCGUGCCGCCGCAGCAAUGAUUGGUGACUGCCGCGAUCGCAAGCAAGGCGAGAGCAUCGUUGAUUCGGGUGGCACGGGGCAAGCAGAUGCCGGCGGUGUAUUGGAAGAAACGGCAUACGCCUAUAUUAGUGACGUUGAAGAAGGAAAUUAG